AUGUAUCAUGUGUUCUAUGUCAACGACGGUUAUAUGUUGGCACUGGAUUUGGCGCCAGUAGGAUGUUUUAGGGAUCUCCACGAGGAGAUUCACAUAAAAACUGGUGUUUUGCCAAAAGAUCAGGUAUGUCUUUGUUUUAUUGUGUUGAAUUUAGGUAAAUUUUUCUAGUUUUCUUUGAACAAACUCACAAUAAUGUUUUUUUGUGUGUUUUACUUAGUUUUGCUUGCUUUUAAAAUAAAUUUUACUGUUUACAAAGGUUCUUACCUAAAUAUUAUUUCAGGUAUUCUUUCUAAAUGGUGGAGAAGCCUUAAUCGGAGACUAUCUCCUUUCCAACUAUUCAGAUGUUGGGACAGAAGCCAAUCCAGUCUUUUUUAUAAAAAGAGUGAGUUCAGACAAAGAUCCGAUCAACAGCAGAGAGAAAGAAGGCAUCAACAGUUUACUCGAAAGUAUGUUCAUAUUAUUUUUUGGGGAUGUUUGAAGUUUAGAGAUCUAAAGCUUUUUAAUUUAGAGUGGAAGAACAAUGUGGAAGUAGUUAAUCAAUUCCCUGUUAAGUCAACGGUGAUAACAAAGUAUGUAGAUCUGUCGAAGGAAGGUCUUUCGGUGUCUGACACUUUGAUCCGGUAUUGUGCAAAGAUUGUGACAGAACAUCAAUACCUUAACCAUGGCUGGCUGGCGGUGACCAGGAAUCUGGACGAAAACAUUAAUCAGCUGUCUUUGAGGUACACAAAAGCUUCCAGGAUUGCACAAAAGCUGCCUGUAAUAAAGAAGAAGGGAAAAAUAUGGGUAUCGGAGUUCGAAAGAGUAUUCAACACUAUGUCGAAGGUCCGUCUUGUAUACUUUUAAGUUUAAGUUACGGUUAUAAUGUUUUAUUUUUUUGUUGUAAAAAUUUUGUUUUUAUUGACUAUAUUGUUAAUGCGUUAUUUCAGAUUAAAAUCUUGCCAAAUCUUUUGUCCAACACACUAACAUCAUCCACUUCCGAACCAAUGUCUUUGUACGAUUGGGUCUCGAGUCAUGAUUCAGAAUCAACGCUUGAAGAGCUGAUUGAACAUGUUUCUGAACAAGUCGACAAGCUUGAUGAUGCCAAAUUAGCUGAAGCUAAUAAUUAUUUAAAGACUGUCAAGGAGAUGGUCAACAAGAGGGACUACAAAGACAUCAGAGGUAUAGACAAACGACUUGUCAUGUUGGAGAAUAAGUUGUACGAGAUCGAAGAAGGAUUCAACUUGAUCAGAGAAGAGUUGUUGAGCAAGAUGGACAAAGCUCAGUCAGAUACGCACAACUACAGGGUAAGAAUGCCUUCAAUACGACAUUUCUUGAUAUUAAUGUAAAAUACGUUUAAAGUUAAAUUUUAAUGGCGGAUGAUUAAAAAGUUAACAUUUUAGGUAGUGAUUGCGGAACAAAAAGAGCUCAUAUCUAAAUUGUCGGUCAGAAUCGAGGAUUGUGGUAAUAUUGCUCUCACAUUCUUAGGAUCGAAGAUGGAACUUCUGAAGAAUGUCAGACAAAGGCUGGGUGGAUGGAUACGACAAUGUUACGACAAACUUCAACGCACCAACACCAAUCUUAUUAUAUUCGAAAAGAAGUUUGCUGGCUUCAGACAACGAUUGGAUUUGGUGCGACAGAUUAGAGAAUCACCAAUUCUGUAUGUCGCUGGAAUUGCCGAAGUCAUCAGAAGGCACAAAUUCAAAACAGAGUUUGAUCAAUGGAUUAACAUCUUUUCUCAGAAGGCUAGUGAAUUCCUGAAGGAGGAAAACACUACAAGAGCCGAAUUCUAUGUCAAGUUAGAGAGACAUUUCCUGCGAGAACUCUUUAUCAACAUGGGUGACGAACUUCCUAACUUCACUCCAACAAAGCAGAAGUUUGACUCCAGUCUUCCACAAAUCGGGCACGAUGAGCUACGAGCACUUCGAGAGCUUAUGAAGGAUUGUACUGAAAUGUCAGACCUUUUUAAAAUCACUACUCCUCAAGUGUUCACACGACUGUCAGUGGAGGAUCCGCUCAACCCCACUAUGUCCCGAGCUUCUUUGCAUCGUGAAGCUUCCUUCUUUACAAAAGAACAAACGAGGACAAUCGAAGACAUGGGGAAGAAGUUCCCUUCGACCAAUUGGCUUACAGAAGAGGGUCCAGUAGAACAAUCCCCAUCGACGCAAUCGUUUUUGUCUCGGACACUAGGAUCUACUACAUCACUCAAUGUUGAUAGCCAAGUCACAACGCCGUCGGAUCUUGUUCCGACUUUAGACCACAUCAACAUUAUGCGACGGGACAGUUCAACUUCCGAAAUGGCUCCAUCUUCUGUAGAUCUUACCUGUCCGUUGUCGAUCCAUCCAGAUCGCUACCCCAAAGUGACAAGUCCUAUGAAAAUACGACGCAUUUCUAGGGGUUCAACUCCAUCGUUCCCUUCAUUAGACAGGGAAUACCCCAAGCCUAUCUUCGAAGAAGGCGUUCCAGUAGACAGCCCUCCAGAUGACGGUGUCUUCAUGCCUGUUCAAGAGUUCCAACAAACGCCUCCUCAACAGUCCGUAGAGCAAGAUACUCCACUGUACACCCCCAACUUGUCUCCAGUCAAGAGUCGAGCUGACAACGAAGAGAAGUCUUGUCAGACGAAAUACGACGACCAAGAAGACGCGGCUACACAAAUUGGACGACAAAGAAUGGAUUCAUGUACUCAGUUCGAAUACCAUUUUCAUUCAGUCGAUACUCAGGCUGAGUAUUCCAAUGAAACUGUUGGAGUACAGUCAGUUGCUGAACUAGCGGAAGCUGAAUCUCAAACAGAUGCACUCACGCUACAAGAUCAAAUUGGCACAGAGAUCGUGGAUGGCUUCAAACACAUUGUCACUCAAUUCAAAUCUCUGAAAGAUGUAAGUUUGCUAUCACCGUUUAAAAAAUGAAAGGAAUAUAAAGUAAUCAAUGAUUCUAUCCUUUAUAUCUUUUUAUACCUUUUUCUGUCAAUUCAUUUUUCUACUUCAGAUGCUUUUUGACGUUACAAAUACCACUACCGAUGAUAUUGAAGCAACAAAAUCUGAAAUGCACAACAGUAUUGAUAAAGUUUUGGAGAAGAUAUCCGGAACGCAACAGUACAAGAAGAUCAUCGAAGAGUUCGAACAGAAAGUUGCUGGUCUUGAAACUGAAAAAGCAGAAACAUAUGCUAAGAACGUAGAACUAGAAGCACAACUGAAGGAGCAGAAAGAAGUGACAGAAAGAGAAAAGUACAUCAGAAAAGAAAAGGAAUCAGAGAUUAUGGAGAAAGAGACUCGGUUGAAGGCUCUUAACAAUCAAGUGCUUGAAGUCAUCAAGGAAAAAGAGGAGAAUCAGACAGAACUUCUGAAGGUCCAACAAGAAAACAGAGAGCUCAAAGCGAACCUUGAUGUUGGAUGGAAUGAAGACUGCCUGAAUAUUGAACUUGACGUAGUUAAAGAACUACUGAAAAGAGAACUAAAGGUAAGAAAUGCAUGCCAAUGGUUAAUAUAGUGUUUAGGAUGACGAAAUCGACUGGAUAAAACAAGAAAUUGAGAAGAGGAAAGUGGUCAAGAAGACAGACGAGAAACAGAUAAUCGAAGACAAAUCAAGAACUGAGUACGAGAAUGCCUACAAGAACAAGAUGGCGUUCCUUCUGAAGGGUAUUGAAGACAAGAAGAACGCAGAAUUGGCCAAGAUGAGAGAAGAGAUCGAGAAAGAAGCACGAGAGGAAUAUGAAGUCUACAUAAAAAGAAUGGUGAGUCUGAUAUAUGUUAACAUUGAAUUCAAUUACUUUUUAAUUUCAUAGGAAGGAAGUUACAACUCUUUGAGUUUGUUUUUAGAAAUCUCGAAUCGACGAACUGGAAGAUAAGGUGCGGUUCUACGAAAAGUCGUGUCUUCCUUCUUCUACUUCAAUUAUCUCUCCCGGCCCGAUGGACGAGUCCAUUAUGGAACAGUCAUGCAUGGUAGUCGAAGAGGAUGUGGACAACACCAAAGCAUCCUCCUCCACCCUCUCGCAGACAGAUCAGAUCGACAUUGAAGGGGAAUGUGAGAAGGAUUCCUCCUCGCCCGAUCAGGCAUUAGUCAUCUCCCCAGACGUUACCGUAGAUGUAAAUAUGAAUAGCGAUACCUCGACUAACGAAGCAAACACUCAAACCAAACUCAAGCUCAAUGACAUGAAAAUGAUGCUGUCGCUGCACGACGUCAGCGAAGGAAGCGGUGUCCUUCUUGUAUAUAAUGAUCAGCAUGCUAGUUUUAUGGUAUUCAGCACCACUGGUACCCUCUAUUUUGUCAAACAACGCAGUUUGCGGCGGCUUGGAAUCGACCCCAACAAUCCCACACCCAAGUUCACCUUGUUAUUCGCAAGAGUUCUUGGGGUUGAAUUGUGCGAGACCAAGAAGGCACCUAAUAGGUCAGUUUUUAAAGCUUAUGUUAUGGUAGUAUAAAAGAAUUUCAAGUUGAAUUCUAUGAAAUGUCGUAUAUUUGUAACAAAUUUGUUUUCAAAAUGACCAUCUAUGUAACAGAUGGAAUGUUUACGCGUUAUCUUUUGACAGAUUUGACAAUAUAUCAUAUUCAUUUCAGAUAUAAUUUGGCGGCCAACACUCGUUUCUACCGCAUCGACGUGGCCCCCAUGCCUUCCUCAAUGGCUGGACUGACCCUCCAGAUAUCGGCAGCCCCUCCCAAGACUACCACAGCCUCGACAAACUCGGAAGAAGCCAAGGAUGACACUGUCCAACCCUGA